AUGUUAGACUGCAAACCGGUUGAAACUCCAAUGGAGAUGAACCAUCAGCUUAGAAUGUCCACCAGAGAACGUAUGUGUGAUAAAGGUCAAUACCCGCGGCUAGUAGGAAAAUCGAUCUAUCUCACUCACACCAUACCAGAUAUUGCAUAUGCAGUAAGUGUAGUUAGCAAAUUUAUGCAUGCUCUAGAUGAGAAACACAUGAAUGCAAUUUACAGAAUCCCGAGGUAUCUAAAGAUAGCACUAGGCAGAAGGCUGUUAUACACAAAAAAUGGAGCCCCUACCAUAGAAAGAUAUCGCGACGUAGAUUGGGCAGGAGAUCAAUCAACAAGAAAAUCCACCUCUGGAUACCUGAGGUUUGUAAAAGGAAAUCUGGUUACUUGCAAAAGUAAAAAGCAGAAAGUUGUUGCUCGAUCCAGUGCAGAGGCAAAAUUUCGAGGAAUGGCACAAGACUUAUGUGAAUUACUGUGGAUAAAGAAAGUCUUGGAAGAGCUAGGAAUUGAAUGCAGAGAAUCCAUGAACUUAUUUUGUGAUAACAAAGCUGCUAUACAGAUUGCUCAAAAUUCGAUUAAACAUGAUCACACUAAACAUGUGGAAAUAGAUUGA